AGAAGAUGGGUGUGAAAAUUAGAGAGCAUCUCGAACCUAACUCCAGUGUCUUAAGCUGAGAUCUUCCUAGCUGUCGCUUACAAAAGGACAAUUCUCUCUUUUGGUCUUUUCCUACAAAACCUGUUACUUGGAUCCUUCUCUUCUGUUGAGACAUAGCCUUCUUUCAUUUGCACAUAACCUUCCCUAUCCUUAUCCCACCUCCUAAUUUUGUGUCUUUGUUUUUCUCUUACUUUCUCAUGAGACGAAGUUUGCUAUGAAUUUCUCAUCAUCUUUUCUUCUCAUUCUACUAGUCUCUCAUCUCUUUCAUCAUUCAGCUUUUGCCAUAAGAAGACUUGAAGAUUUUGGUGCUGACAAACUAAGAAAUACAUCCAUGGGUCUUCAAGAUACGACAUAUGUUGAAGAUUAUCAUCAUGUUCAAAGGAAACAGUUGCAUGAAGUACACUCAGGGCCGAAUCCCAUCGGGAAUUAAUCCUGUCCUGCAGCAGGAAACUAGUUUGAGAAAAUCACCAUAGCUCUCUAUCACCAAGAAAAAAAGACGGAUCCAAACGGGAUGCACCAUAGAAGGGAAAAAAGGACAACUAUAUGGUCCGGUUCAAAAUGUGAUGAACCAUAGAAGCGCAAAGAGCACAACUAUACUCCAGCUGAUUUUAAGGGUGCGCUUUAUGUAUACACCACAAAUAGUAAUAUUUGUGAUGAUGCUAUGAAUUUACAUUUUAUUCCUUACUAUUGGAGGAUGAAAAGAUGUAAAGUAGCUAUGAUUAAUUGUGAAUGAGCUUACAAAGAAUAAAUUUUGGUUCGAUUUAGUUUCUACAAGCACCAAGAGCACAACUAUACUCUAGCCAGCGUUUUUAAAAUCG